AUGUCCACUCCUCACGCUACCAACAUAUACACGGAAGGCCUCGCCCUUAUUCAGGGUCGAAAAAUAGCUAUACAACAAAAUAUUAGGCGAUUAGUGGUUGAAACAGACUGCAGUGCUCUAGUUAACAUGCUUACUAACGAUAAUGGUGCGUAUCAAAACUUGAUUACUGAUUGCAGAUGGAUGCUUACUAGAGCAGGAGAGCCACAGGUCACUCACAUUGUCAGAGAAGCAAAUGGAGUGGCUGAUGUUAUGGCAAAAAAUGGAAGCAACUCGAACUUUUUUGGAAAUCCUAUAUUGUACUUCUCCCCGCCCCCCUUUGUUGUUUCUAUUUUUGAACUGGACAAGCUAGGAACUUUGUGUCCUAGAAAAGUCCCAAUUUAUAAUAACAUUUAA